AUGGAGCUUGUCGUGGUGGAUAGCUUUGAGAGGCGAGAUAAGAGGCCUCGUCAAAGUGGUGGCCAGCUGGCUGUUGAGGUUGCUGUGGCAUCUGGGGUUGUUGCUGCGGGUAUUGUGGCGGAGCUGACUGAUAUAGUUGAUGAGGAGGGGGAGCAGCGGCAACAGGAGAUGGUUGCUGUGGUGGGGGCACCUGGUACUGUGGGUUCGGAGGUGGUUCGUGAGCAUGGCCAGCAGGCACGUAGUAUGGAUCUCGUUGAAGGACUGAAGGAGGGGGUGUGA